AUGCCGCAGCCACGUGUCCCGCUAGUGGAAUCAUCUCGCUUCAGGCUCGUGCCGCCGUUCGUGGUCGGCAUUGCGGUCGGAGCGUGCAUGAUUCUGCUCCAGCAGUCGCUUUCUUCCCGUCUAGCCGGCACAACUGCCGGCGACUGGCAGAAUGACCACCCACAGCCGACACACCGCCGCUAUCCCUCAUUUUCUUCCAGUAAAAACGGUGAGAAUCUCGCCGGGCAAGAUGGCGGCGGUGAUGAGGCUCACGGCUCACCCUCCGCAUCAGACGCCGCAAAUGACGGCGUGAGUACCGGAGAGAGCAGCAGCGCGUACAACACGAGCUCGGGGAUCGUGGCGGGGAAAGUGAACGUGCAUCUGGUGCCGCACUCGCACGACGACUUGGGAUGGCUCAACACGGUUGAACAGUACUAUAUCACGGCCGUCCAGUUCAUCCUAGAGACGGUGGUGGACCAGCUGGAGGCGAAUCCGGACCGUCGAUUCAUUCAAGUGGAGCAGGUGACGUGGCAGAAUGCGGCUGUAGCAGCCAGUCCUCUCCAUCUGGCAGAGUGCCUGCUUGUGAAUCAAGCAUGCGAGAGCAGAGGGGGCAUGUCUGGUUUCUUCUACCGCUGGUGGCAGCAGCAGUCGGAGGGCAUGAGGCAGCGCGUGCGUGCUCUCGUGCACUCGGGGCAGCUGGAGUUCAUCAACGGCGGGUGGGUGAUGCACGAUGAAGCGGUGUGCCACUACAGGGACGUGCUGCACCACAUGUCGCUGGGCCACCGCUUCCUCCAAAGCCACUUCAACGCCACACCACGCAUCGCCUGGCAGAUCGACCCCUUCGGCCACUCCGCCACCCAAGCCAGCCUCAUCACAGCUCAGGUGGCUCUUCAACGGCCCCCCCUCCAUCGCCUGGCAGAUGGACGGCCGUCAGCCACUCCACCAGUGGAGCUAGUCUCAUCACGGCACAGCCCAGUACAGGGUGGGCUGGAUGCGGUGUUCUUCGCACGGGCGGACCAUGAGGACAUAGCGCGGCGCAAGAGGGAGCGGAGCACCGAGUUUGUGUGGCGCGCCUCCCAGACGUUUGGCCGGCAGGCUGAGGUGUUCGCCGGCAUUCUCUACUGGGACGGCUACUUCGCCCCGCAGCCAUUCCGCUUCGAACCUUACGACCCACUCACCAACCUCGUCAAGCACACCUACUAUGCCUCCUUUCCAAUUAUCUCUUCCCCCCUGGACGACCCAUACGAGGGUGAUGCCAGUGCAGCGGUGGAGGACGACCCAUACAAGGCAGACGCCAACAUAGUCCAGCUGGUAGAGGCGUUUGUGAACAAGUCGCUGACCCAGGCGGGUGACACGCGCAGCGAGCAUGUGAUGUGGGCAAUGGGGGAGGACUUCUCGCACGCCAAUGCUGCCCUGUGGUUCAAGAACCUGGACAAGCUGAUUCACUAUGUCAACCUGCAUGGCAUGGUGCGGCAUGGCAUGGUGCGGCAUGGCAUGGUGUGGCAUGGCAUGGUGCGGCAUGGAAUGGUGUGGCAUGGCAUGGUACGGCAUGGCAUGGUGCGGCAUGGCAUGGUGCGGCAUGGCAUGGUGCAGCAUGGCGUGGUGCGGCAUGCCAUGAUGCAGAACGGCAAACCAACCUUCCCCAUCCCCCCCCUCUGCCCGUGCAUGUACAUCACUGCUGCUCUUUCACCAAGGACGGACGGCCGUGUGAACGCCCUCUACUCCACGCCCUCGCGGUACCUCCACGCCAAGCACCGCAGCAACCAGUCAUGGCCGCUCAAGCAAGGAGACUUCUUCCCGUACGCGAGUGCUUCAACGGAGUACUGGACUGGGUACUACUCAAGCCGCCCGGCCUUCAAAGGCUAUGCUCGCAUGUGCAGCAGCCUACUGCAGGCAGCCACGCUACUGGAAGCGUCAGUGGGCAAGUCCAACCUCCAAGCAUGGGGCAACAGCACCUCCCGCCUCGUGGCGCCCGUGCUGCUCUCCACCAACCUCUCUGCCAUCCACGCCCCCACGCCCACGCCCUCCCGCCUGGCUUCGACGUACCCUUUAGAGGAGGCAGUGGCAGUGGCACAGCACCACGAUGCCAUCACAGGCACGGCGAAGCAGCAUGUGAAUGACGACUACACGCUGCAGCUUUACAAGGGCGCACAGGAGGCAUCUGUGAUAGUGACCUCGUCCCUCACGCACCUCAUCUCCCAGGGCGCUCUGGACCUCAAAGCCCCCGUUGCCGCCAUUCCUGCCGCUCCUGCUGCUCGCACCACAGGCCAGCCUGCUGCUCCUGUGCCGUUGGGAGGCACCGAGACACUUUACAACGAGACAGGGAAAACGGGCAGUGCAGGCAGGGACGAUGUGCUGAGACUUGGCCUUGACUUCCAGCUGUGCCCGCUGCUCAACAUCUCCUACUGCCCGCCCACGCACAGCCCCAUUCCCCCCGGCACCACGCUGCCAUUCAUGCGCAUUCCUCCAUUCAUGCGCAUUCCUGUGAGUGUAGCCAUUCAUGCGCAUUCCUUCACAGCCCCCUCCUUUCCCGCUCUUCCUUCCCCACCAUUUCCCCCUUCCGCCUCUCGCUUUUGUGUGCUCCCUGUCAAGCCUGCCCUGUGCCAUCUCCCACCUCUCCACUACUCCCUUCACGCCGCUCCUCGUCUCCUCCCGGUCCCCCAACCCCAGGUCUCCUCCCCUGCAGUCAUUGUGACUGACGCCCAUGGCAAUGUCGUUCCCUCACAGGCCAUUCCCGAGGUCCUGGUUCCGUGGGAGACCCGUGAGAGGUACAUGAGUGUGCAGGUGGGUGAGGAGAGGGUGAGGGGUGACGCGGAGGGGGUGAGAGGGGGCAAGGAGGGGGUGAAGGGGGGCAAGGGGGAGAAGCGAGGGAGGGAGGUGAGGGAGACGCAACGGCAGCAGGGGGAGGACCAACAGCAGGGGGAGGAGCAGCAGCAGAAGAAGCAGCAGCAGCAGGAGGGCGUGGUGGUGUCUGUGGUGUUCCGUGCCAAGGUGCCGCCCCUGGGCUACUCCACCUUCUUCCUCUCCCCAGCUCCCCCCCACACCCCCGGCGCUGCAGUCACGAGCACUGAGUGGCAAGCACGUGUGCAGCCGGGAACAGGGGGUGGGGAGUGGGGCAAGGGGGAGGAGGCGGGUGAGGGAGAGGAGGAGGGACGGGGGGAAGGGGGUAAGGAGGGGAAGGAAGUAGGGGAGGAAGAGGGGGUGGAGAGAGAAAGUGUGGUCGUGGAGGAGGAGGCGUAUGGCAUGACUCGCCUGCAACUGCUUGGCCGCAGCCAGCAGGGAAACGAGACAGUGCUUUCAGACAAGCAAGUGGGCACGGGCAUGGGCGUCUACAUUUCAAAUCACGUGCCAAUCCGAGUGCUGCGAGGGCCGCUGGUGGAGGAGUUUCACCGGGCACUGGCGCCCUGGCUGUCCGAGGUGGGCGGCUGUAAGAGGUGGACGGCUGUAAGAGGUGGGCGGCUGUCCGAGGUCAUUCGCGUGUAUCCUGGACGGGACUACGCGGAGAUGCAUUAUAUGGUGGGCCCAGUACCCAGAAAGCCCUCUGUGGCUCGAGAGGUGGUCACUCGCUUCGCCUCCUCCAUCGCCUCUGCUGGAGCACUGUUCACGGACUCGCAAGCCCGCGACUACCUGCGCCGGGUGCGCGACCAUCGAGCGGAUUGGAACCUAACCGUCUACCAGCCUAUCGCAGGCAACUUCUACCCUCUCACAGCAGGGGUGUUCAUAGCGGGCAGCACCGCCCAGCUCUCACUGCUGGUGGACCGGCCACUGGGGGUGGCAAGCCUGGCAGACGGGCAGAUCGAAGUCAUGCUGCACCGGCGCAUGAUCUCGGACGACGGCAAGGGCGUGCAGGAGGUGCUGGAUGAGAGGGUGUGCGAUUCCCAUGGCAACUGCACUCCCCUGGCCGUGGUGGGAUUCGUUCGCUUUGCUCUGCAUCCCAGCACUCCCAGCGACACCGACUGCUACGGCGGGGAUGCUGGCCAUGCAGGGGAUUCCAAUUUAGGUGCAGCUGCAGGCGCUUCCAGUAACGAUGCACUCAAUAGCGAGCACAGGGUAGACACAGGCUCAGAGGAGUGGGUGUCAGAGGAUUCUGACCCAGUACGCGAUUCUGCCAAUGUAGGAAAUUCUGAUGAAAUAGCGAAUGCUGUUAGUGAUGAAGCACUCAAUAGCGAGGACAGGGAGCAGGCCUCAGGGAAGCCUAGUGCAGAAUCAGGUGCUGCGGACUCCCAGGAAAGUCAACCGCCUUCCGGCCGGCGAAAGCUGGGCGGCAAAGGCGUGAAGUAUGAAAGGUUGGGCGGGGGGAGUGUGAGGGGCGAGGCAGCCAGGUGGAGGAAGGAGCACGCAGAGAGAAUGCUGUCGCCACUGCAACUGGCAUUUGCACUCGAGGCAACCGAGGCACUGAAGGCAGCGCAGGGCAUGAGAUGGACGUACUCCCUCUCAUACAUGCCUCAAGCGGAAGAGAGCAACCAGGGCAACCAGGGCAACCAGGGCAACCAGGGCAACCAGGGAAACCAGGGAAACACGCCCGCGCCCUAUUACCUCCCUCCAAACGUUGCCAUUGUCUCACUGCAGGAGCUUGCACCCAAUGAGUUCACCGUCCGAUUUGCACACCUGUACGAGGCCAAGGAGCAUCCGCAGCUGUCCAGCCUAGCCUCUGUUCAUCUCCCCUCGCUCUUCGCCUCACGAAAG